UCCCAAUAAACCUUGCCGUAUAGUCUGAGCAAACGCAGCAGAUUAACUGCUCAGAGAUGGAAGCAUUGGUGAGAGAAACAGUACUGAAAAACGAUGUGGAAGGACCCAUCCGAGAGAUCGGUGGAUUAGGAGCCAACAGCUACUUCAAAAACUCAGUCUACCAGAGAAGAGCUGCAAAUGUCACAAAGGAUAUAAUAGAUGAAGUAAUCACCAAGAAGCUAGAUGUGAAAUCCCUCUCAUCUGCUUCCAAUAGAACAAUUUGUCUUGCUGAUUUUGGAUGCGCAGUUGGUCCAAAUACAUUUACUUCUUUGCAAUCUCUAAUAGAUAUAGUUAAAAAGAAAUAUCUAUCCCAAUUCCCUAAUGAACCCAUGCCUGAAUUUCAAGUGUUCUUUAAUGAUCAACCCUCAAAUGAUUUCAAUACCCUCUUCAGGUCUCUCCCACCUGACAGGGAAUACUUUGCAGCCGGGGUGCCAGGUUCUUUUCAUGGCCGAGUAUUCCCUAAAUCUUCCCUCCAUGUUGUGCAAUCCAAUUAUGCACUCCAUUGGCUCUCUAAGAUACCAGAAAGUUUGGUAGACAAGAACUCUCCUGCGUGGAACAAAGGGAAGAUUCACUAUGCAGGCGCCUCUGAUGAGGUACUUAAAGCAUAUGGAGAAAGAUGGGCUGAAGACCUAAAUAAUUUCUUGAACGCAAGAGCUGAAGAGAUAGUGCCUGGAGGGAUGGUUAUAGUUAUCAUGCCAAGUAUCCCUGAUGGAAUGCCUUAUUCUGAACUUGCAAAUGGCCUAUUGUACAGUAGUUUCGAAUCAACCCUCCUUGAUAUGUCGAAAAGGCAGGGAAUAAUAAGUGAAGACCAAGUGGAUGCCUUCAACUUGCCAAUAUAUGCUGCUCCUCCAGGAGAAUUUGCUGCUGUGGUGGAAAAGAAUGGGUAUUUCGACAUUGAAGCGAUAGGACUAACAAAUCCAGCUCCUUGGCUAACAGAUGACGUGCACGUUGAUAUGAAAGAAUAUGUGAGGCACAUUAGGGCUCCAAUGGAAGGAAUGUUCACCAAACACUUCCCAAAUGAAAUUGUGGAUGAAAUGUUCGAGCAGUUACUGGUAAAUAAACUUCCGAAGGUCUUCGACAAAAUGGAAAGAGCUUACAAGGACAAAAUUCAAUCUUACUACGUCCUUCAACGUAAAUGAUUGCAAUUAAAAAUUUAAUUUGUCUGGCUGGUGAAGCUUUCUUAAUGCUUUUUAGGCAUGGCAUAAUAUAUUAUAUAUAUGUGUGUGUGCAAUAAAAGAAAAUUUGUGGUCUUAAGUUGAGUGUAUUUAGUGUAAGCCUGAUGCUUAGGUUAGUUGUGUGUUCUCAAGUUAAUAAAUUUUUCUUGAUUUUUUAAAAUGUUAAUAAAAUUUUAGCUUAUAAGAAAAAAGAAAAUUUAUGAAAAAAAAUUAGUAUAUAAUAAUGAAAGGAAAAA